AUGGGUGCAAAGAUGAAGGUGGUCGCUUCAGACCAAACCAAGACCAUCACCAAACAGGUCACAAGCAUGAAGGGUGGCCUUAGAACCAUGCCUUUUAUCAUCUCAAAUGAGUCAUUCGAAAAGGUUGCAAGCUUUGGUCUUCAGGCUAAUAUGAUCUUUUACUUGAUAUUGGAAUAUCACUUGGACGCCGCUACCGGAUCUAGCAUCUUGUUCUUGUGGUCAGCCUUGUCAAAUUUUACGCCUAUUAUCGGAGCUUUUCUCGCCGAUUCUCUCUGGGGUCGGUUUCAUGUGAUUUCUAUGGGAACAAUCGUUAGCCUAUUUGGAAUGAUUGUGUUAUGGCUAACAGCAAAACUUCCACAAACAAGGCCACAUCAUUGCGACCCGUACAAAGAAAAAUGUGUUCCAGCAAACACAGCUCAAGUCAUGCUUCUCUUCGCCUCAUUUGGCCUCAUGUCGAUUGGAGCCGGUGGCAUCAGACCAUGUUCCUUGGCCUUCGGUACCAAUCAACUGGACAAUCCAGACAACCCAAAUAACGAAAGGCGCUUGCAGAGCUUCUUCAAUUGGUAUUAUGCUUCGGUUGGAGUCUCAGUCAUGCUUGCAGUGACAGUCAUUGUUUAUAUUCAGGAUCAAAUUGGAUGGGUUGUAGGGUUUGGAGUCCCUGUAGGGCUCAUGUUCUUGUCCACUGUUUUCUUCUUCUUGGGAUCUUCCCUUUAUGUCAAAGUUCCUCCGAACAAGAACCUGUCUGCUGGAUUUCUCCGAGUGUUUGCAGCUGCUUGGAAAAACAAAAACAUGGCGUUGCCACCAAAGAAUUUUGAUGCAUGGUACAGUCCCAAGGGUUCCAAGUUUGUCGCUCCGACGGAUAAACUAAGGUACCUAAAUAAAGCUUGCAUCAUAAGAAGUCCUGAAAAGGACAUAGGCCCUGAUGGUUUGGCCAAAGAUCCAUGGAGUUUAUGCACUGUCAGGCAAGUAGAGGAGCUGAAAGCCUUGAUCCGAGUCCUGCCCAUUUGGUCUAGCAGCAUUAUAAUCUCAGUUAUAAUCAGCCAACACGCGUUUCCCGUGCUCCAAGCAAAGUCCAUGGAGAGGCAUUUGUUUGGCAAGAUCAAAAUUCCAGCAGCCUCAUUUUCCGUGUUUGGAAUCCUCACUCUCACAAUAUGGGUGGCCAUCUACGACCGUAUUAUAGUCCCCUUGAUAUCAAAGUACACGAAAAGGCCACGCGGGCUUAGCUUCAAGCAACGAAUAGGGGGUGGACUAGCAAUCUCCUGUUUGGCAAUGGCAGUGGCUGCAGAGGUUGAGAGGCACAGAAGACAAACAGCAAUCCGAGAGGGUUUUUUGAACAAACCGGACGGUGUAGUCGGCAUGUCUGCCAAGUGGAUGAUCCCACAACACUGCCUCAUUGGACUCGCUGAGGCUCUCAAUGCAAUUGGGCAACUGGAGUUUUACUACUCUCAGUUCCCAAAAAGCAUGUCCAGCAUUGCAGUGGCUCUUUUGACACUAGGGUUUGGAGUUGGGAGCUUGGUGGGGAGUUUGCUUGUUACUAUUAUCGCUGAUGCCACUAGAAAAGGAGGUGUGAGCUGGGUUUCAAGCAACCUAAACAAGGCUCACUACGAUUAUUACUAUUGGAUCGUUGCUGGGUUGAGUGUGGUAAAUGUCUUUUACUUUUUACUGUGUAGUUGGGCAUAUGGGCACUGUGAGGAUAAAAAGAUUUGGGAUGAGGAAGAAGGGGAGGCAGGGGAGGAACUGUCCAAGUCCGGGGAGUAUGCAGUUAUGUUCUCCGCAUAA